AUGGCCAACUCCAUCAUCCCGAGUACAAGCAGCAGCGGGGAGCACGCUGCGGCGUCGGCAUCGGCCACGACGAAGCUGGGCCAGCUCAACGCGGCGGUGGAGCGGUCAUGGGUCGGCCGACGGUUCGGCCUCGCUGCGCGCGGGACCACGUUCACCACGGAGCUACGCGCCGGCACGGCCACGUUCCUCACCAUGGCCUACAUCCUCGCCGUCAACGCGUCCAUCCUUUCCGACUCCGGUGCCACGUGCACCGUGGACGACUGCGACGCGCCGUCCCCAGGGUGUAAGUUCCCGCCCGUGGACCCCGGGUACGCCGCCUGCGUGGCGCGCGCCCGCCGGGACCUCAUCGUGGCCACCGCGGCGUCGUCCGUGAUCGGGUCCUUCAUCAUGGGCGCCUUCGCCAACCUCCCCAUCGCGCUCGCACCAGGGAUGGGCACCAACGCCUACUUCGCCUACACGGUUGUCGGCUUCCACGGCUCCGGCACGCUCUCCUACCGCAAGGCGCUCGCAGCGGUCUUCCUCGAGGGCCUCAUCUUCCUCCUUAUCUCCAUCGUGGGCUUGCGGUCCAAGCUCGCCCAGUUCAUCCCAAAACCUGUGCGGAUCUCGGCGUCAGCAGGGAUCGGGCUGUUCCUGGCCUUCAUCGGGUUGCAGAGCAACGAGGGCGUGGGGCUCGUGGGCUUCAGCUCGUCGACGCUGGUCACGCUGGGUGCGUGCCCGGUGUCGCAGCGCGCGUCCGUCGCACCAGUGCUGACGUUCCCCAAUGGCACGGUGGCGCUGAUGCCGGGCGGCACCGUCUCCGGCGGCAUACUCUGCCUCUCGGGGCGAAUGACCUCCCCGACGUUCUGGCUCGCCGUCGUGGGGUUCCUCAUCAUCGCCUUCUGCCUCAUCAAGAGCGUCAAGGGCGCUCUCAUCUACGGCAUCCUGUUCGUGACCUUCGUGUCCUGGCCGCGCCACACCGCCGUCACCGCAUUCCCGGACACGCCCGCCGGCGACGACAGCUUCCACUACUUCAAGAAGGUGUUCGACGUGCACCGGAUCCAGUCCACGGCCGGCGCGCUCGACUUCAGCGGCAUCGGCCACGGCUACUUCUGGGAGGCUCUCAUCACCUUCCUCUACGUCGACAUCCUCGACACGACCGGCAGCCUCUACACCAUGGCGCGGUUCGCCGGAUUCGUGGACGAUGUGACGGGGGAGUUCGAGGGCCAGUACUUCGCCUUCAUGUCCGACGCGACGGCCAUCGUGUUUGGCUCGCUCCUGGGCACGUCCCCGGUUACGGCGUUCAUCGAGUCGUCGACGGGAAUCAGGGAGGGCGGCCGGACGGGGCUGGCGGCGCUCACGACGGCGACAUACUUCGCGGCGGCGCUGUUCAUCACUCCGGUGCUCGCGUCGAUCCCGUCUUGGGCGGUCGGGCCGCCGCUGGUGCUGGUGGGCGUCAUGAUGAUGCGCGCGGUGGCGGAGGUCGACUGGGACGACAUGCGGCAGGCCGUGCCGGCGUUCCUAACACUAGCGCUCAUGCCGCUCACCUACUCCAUCGCCUACGGACUCGUCGGCGGUAUCGCCUCCUACAUGCUCCUCCACUCGUGGGACUGGGCGUGCCAAGCGACCAGGAGGCUCGGCUUCCGGAAGAAGAUCGGAGGCGGCGCGGAGAGGACUAAUGGCGGCGGCGAAGAGCAGAGCAAGGAUAUGGAAUCGGCAUAA